CGGCAGUAUACUGUUUUGCUAUGGCAGAAGGUAAUGGUGAGGUACCGGAAGAACCAAUGAGGAUAGAACAGGACGUUGAGCGAACCGAAGACUACCAAAAGCUCAUAGAAUAUGGCCUUGACGAGAAGGUGGCUGCUAAAUUAGAUGAGAUCUACAAGACUGGCAAACUCGCGCACGUCGAUUUAGACGAAAGGGCACUCGACGCCCUCAAAGAAUUCCCCGUCGAUGGAGCCCUCAACGUCCUGGGUCAAUUUCUCGAUUCCAACUUGGAGCAUGUGUCAAACAAAUCCGCGUACUUGUGCGGGGUCAUGAAAACGUACCGGCAGAAGAGCAGAGCUGGAUCCAGCGUGGCGGGAACAGCUACUCCUGCGCCUGCGCCCGUCAAAGGCCCCGACGAAGAAAAGAUCAAGCAAAUUCUCGACAGGACAGGAUACACUUUAGAUGUUACGACUGGUCAGAGAAAAUACGGAGGUCCUCCACCAGGAUGGGAAGGUCCAACGCCAGGUUCCGGAUGCGAAGUGUUUUGCGGUAAAAUUCCAAAAGACAUGUAUGAAGACGAACUGAUACCACUGUUCGAAGAAUGCGGUACCAUAUGGGAUCUCAGACUGAUGAUGGACCCGAUGACGGGUACGAAUAGGGGGUACGCGUUUGUAACGUUUACGAAUCGCGAUGCCGCCCAGGUAGCCGUCCAGAAGUUGGAUAAUCAUGAAAUCAAACCUGGAAAGACACUGAAAAUUAACAUUAGCGUUCCAAACCUACGUCUUUUCGUCGGAAACAUACCAAAGUCAAAAGGCAAAGAGGAGAUCUUAGAAGAGUUUGGUAAAUUAACAGCUGGGCUGAUGGAGGUCAUCAUAUAUUCAUCGCCGGACGAUAAAAAGAAAAACCGUGGCUUCUGUUUUCUCGAAUACGAAUCCCACAAGGCGGCUUCUUUGGCGAAAAGAAGAUUGGGCACCGGCCGCAUAAAGGUUUGGGGUUGCGACAUCAUUGUAGACUGGGCCGAUCCGCAAGAAGAACCUGACGCGCAGACUAUGUCGAAAGUAAAAGUAUUGUAUGUGAGAAACUUGACGCAGGAAACUACCGAAGAAAAACUCAAGGAGGUGUUCGAGCUGUACGGAAAGGUCGAGAGGGUCAAAAAGAUCAAAGACUACGCUUUUAUACAUUUCGAAGAUAGAGACAAUGCCGUUAAGGCAAUGGAAGAAUUGGACUCGAAGGAAAUGGGCGGGUCCCAUAUCGAAGUUUCGUUAGCCAAACCACCAUCUGACAAGAAAAAGAAGGAAGAAAUAUUGAGAGCGCGUGAAAGACGAAUGAUGCAGAUGAUGCAAGUUAGGGGAGGUAUAGAUUACGAUUACGACUAUUACGGUUACGGGGACUAUAGAGGCGGCUACAGUGAUCCCUAUUAUGAUGACUUUUACCGGUAUGAAGAUUACUAUUACGAUUAUCAGCCGGCCCCGACGCAAGCGAGAGGAAGGGGUCGGCAACCAGCAUCGGAACUGGAUGAAGGAGUCACGUCAGGUGUUUACUACGAAGUUAGCAGUGGAACACAGGCUGGCCGUGGGCGUGGGGUGGUGGCACGUGGCCGGGCCGGUGGCCCCCCAGCCCGUGGGGCGGCAGCCAACAGAGCGGGCCGGGGAGGAGCAGCAGGGGCCCGUGGGGCAGCACGCCAAGCCGCUCGUGGAGUGGGCCGCGCCAAGGCAAGUUUACCAGCAGGUAAGCGGAAGUUUGACGGGGGUCACCAGAACCAGGGGGAGACAAAGCGCCGAUACCAGAGCAACUGGGGGAGCCAGCCCCUUACGCAACAGCCGCUGGGGGCAGACAUUAAUGGUGAUCAGCAGACAUGGUACCAGGAUUCGUAUGGCUCCUGGAGUUAAGUGAACAGACAUUGCUAGCCCGCAGUGGGACUGAGUGUGAGUGGCCCUGCGUCAAGGAGGGCAAUAAACGGGCUAGGCGCACCCUCUAGUAGCUGCUAGUUGUGUGCCAGCCCGGUCAGCCGAUGGUGUCCCCAAUCCACGUUAACUAUUACCUAUUCCGCAUUCGUUUUUUUUUCUAUUCUAAUUUUGACUUGUUGUUAUUGGUACAUUCAAAAUUCUUUUGCUGUACGUUUGUUUUUGGAAUUUAAAUUUGUCAAUUAAAUUGAUUAAGUUAUUUACAUUACGUUUUAAUAAGAUGUUGUUUUAUUGCCAGAGAUUUUUAGGAGAAACAAGUUGAGAGACAAUGAAGGAACAUUGUUGUACCCUCGAUAGAUAUAAAAGUUAAUUUUCCAAAUUGAAUGUAACAGUUGUUUUACUAAAGGUGCGAGUCAGGUGGAAAGACGUUUCAACACAUUUUUGGAUUGAUUGCGAAGGUACUCUUUGUUGCGUCAUCUUGGUUUGGUUGCGACUAAAAAUCUUUGUCAUUUUGGCACAGUGCGUUCCUUGUUCUGGCGACAACUACAAUUAAAUCUCGGGGCGCCAAUGCCUGUUCGUUGAUAGUCUUUUUUAUAAAAACAGCUGAGCGGUCUGUUUCCGUUUCACGUUCUAUGUUAAUUAUGUUUUUUUAUUAUAUAAAAUGACGAGCUAUCUAAUAAGUUGAUGUGUCACAUCACUGCGUCAUUUGUUUUCCUUUAGUUUUUUUUAUUAGUUUGGAAUUCGUUGAUACUGACAAGCAUGGGUUUGACACUGAGGUGCGUGAUAGUCGACUGUUUGGUAAUGUUUUGAACAGCCGUCCAUCUCGCUGGGCAUUGAGGGACUCACUUGGUUCAUGUAGUGUACAGCAGAGGCCUCGGGAGGCAGCAACACUGUGACUUUUGAAGAUUUAUGACUCUUUUGUGUUUCGGUCGGAGUAUUUUUCGAAUUUGAUAUUUGUGAUUUUCGAGGUUAUGAGUUGUUUGAGGUUUCAAUUUUUUCCCGUUUCCUAGAUUGUUAUUUUAUGAAGAAAAAAUUGAACAUUUCAAAGCUGAGAGAAUCACCGUGUUGGUUGCGCCUUGUGGUCUGCUGAGUAUCUGAAAGAUCGUUCCUCAUGAACAAGAGUUGAAUUUAUUAUAUGUACAAUAUGAUUAUAUAUUUUAUUCUUGGUAAUGCAUUUUUGCAUUGUGAUGAUUGUAUUUUAGCAGUAAUUUAAGGAGUUUGAAGCAUAUACUUCUGUUUUCCGGCACAGCCAGUACAUUUGUCAAAAAUAAACAUUUUUUUACAAUUGGGAUAGGAAUGUGAAUUAGCAAUAGUUCUGGUAUUAAAUAAUCCAAAUUAUCCAAAUUUAAAAUUAUUGAAUAUCAAUUAUACAGUAAUAUUCGAUCGUCCAAUGCUGUCCAAACAACGGCAACUUCGUAGCUUAUAACUUUUUCCAUGUGGUUAAAUAUGAGACGAAUUUUCCUUUCUGUAAAUUCAUUCACAUUAGCUCCGAAAAGGAUUACAGCUGAGACACUCAUUUGCAAUCUUGGAUUCAGUAUUUACCAUAUAUUAUUUUUUGUACUCUAAUUUAAUAUUUUGGUUUUUCAUCUGUUUCUUUUGCUUUAGCUUUCCUUGGGUUCUCUCCCUUCUCAAUACAUCUGUAAGAAAGUUCUGUUAAUUAUAUUACUUAAUGAUUUUUAGUGUGAAGUAGCUAAUCUCUCCGUAUUUGUACCAUUUAUGCCUAUAGUAACACAUCCGCAAUUUUAAUAAAUAAAAACACAAACCAUACUACUGUCGAAAUAUGGUCGAUAUUCAUGGUCUCCACUUGUACUCGGGUUAAAAUUCACUGGUAUUAGGCGCAAAAUUACAUCCGUAUAAAGAAUUCUGGUUGAGCACGGGUGCUGAACAUGAAUAUGACUAGUGAGAUGCAUUUUUGAAAUUCAUCUGUAUUGUGUUUCAUCGAUAUGAUUUGGUCGAAGCACCUUGCCUGCUUCGGACAUAUUGUUAUGUAUAUCAUCUAUCGAUAAUUAUGAGAGGACUGAUGAUUUAUAUGUCUCAAUAAACAGUUGUAUGUGUAUUACAAUUUUACAAUC